GCUGAGGGAUACAGGAUGGCAGAGCUAAUAGGAGUAUCUAACGGGACAUGCGGACGGGCUGAUUUCUUCUUAUAAUUCAAGUACUGCUUGUGUUGGUUUGAGGCCUCGCCAUGCCGCUGGUGAAGAGGAAUAUCGAGCCGCGUCACCUCUGCCGAGGGGAGCUGCCCGAGGGCAUCAGCAGUGAGCUGGAGUGUGUGAUGAACAACACACUUUCUGCUAUCAUUCGUCAGCUCAGCAGCCUCAGUAAACAUGCCGAGGACAUUUUUAGUGAGCUUUUUAAUGAAGCCAACACUUUCUACAUGCGUGCCAACUCUCUCCAGGACCGGAUCGACCGGCUGGCUGUCAAAGUCACACAGUUAGACUCCACUGUGGAGGAAGUUUCUCUGCAAGACAUCAACAUGAGGAAGGCCUUUAAGAGCUCCACCACACAGGACCAGCAGGUGGUGUCCAAGAGCAGUGUUCCCAUUCCUGUCAGAGAGAUGUACAACCUAAGCGACAAACCUCCACCUCUGACCAUCCUCACUCCAUACAGGGAUGACCGUAAAGAGGCACUUAAAUUCUACACAGACCCGUCCUAUUUCUUUGACUUGUGGAAAGAAAAGAUGCUACAGGACACAGAGGACAAGAGGAAAGAAAAAAGGAAGCAGAAGGAACAGAGGCGUUGUGUUGAUGGGACAUUACAGAGGGAGGUCAAGAACGUCCGCAAGGCAAGGAACCGUCGGCAGGAGUGGAACAUGAUGGCUUUGGAUAAGGAGCUGAGGCCUGACCAUCGACAUACCAUACACAGAGACAGAGGGGCUUCUUCUGAGGGCUCAAUGUCACCAGACAACAGGAGGCAUGGUGGGGAUCAGCAUCACUACCCCAACAGCAUGAACCAUGCUGGCCAUGCCCACACCUACUCUGGCCCUCCACCUAGCGUUCUUGCUGCUCAGAUGGCUGCUGGACACGCCACUCGUGGAGCAGGUGAACAUGAUAACAGGGGCAGGACUAUGAUGGCCUAUCAGGGUGGCACACUGGGACGCUCUCACCACCACCAAGUCCCACUGCCUCCUCCUCCUGCUGAAGCUAUGAAUGGUGGCUCUAUGUCCCUCCCACCGAUGGAUUACAGUAUGGACGGCUAUGCAAACACGGGUCCUCCUCCCCCUCCCCCGGCCCCUCUCAUCCCUUCUGCCCAGACUGCCUUCGCCUCACCACCUGGAGGUCUGAUGCCUCCUGGACCGAUGGCUGGCACUGGUGGCUAUGCUCCACCUCCACCACCUGUGUCUGGAGCCCAGGCAGCUCCACCUCCUCCUGGCCCUCCACCUCUUCCAGCUGGUGCCUCCCACUCUACAACCCACAAGAUGUCCUCUGCUGCACCUGCUGAGAACACAGUGGUCAACGAUGCCCGCAGUGAUCUGUUAGCCGCUAUACGCAUGGGCAUCCAGUUGAAAAAGGUGCAGGAGCAGCAGGAGCAGCAGGCUAAGAGAGAACCGGUCGGAAACGACGUGGCCACCAUCCUGUCAAGACGCAUCGCUGUGGAAUAUUCUGAUUCAGAGGAUGACUCAGAGUUGGAGGAGAACGACUGGUCGGAUUAACACAGGCUUACAUGCAAAGUAUUUAUGUAGGAUAACCACUGACACACAGUAAGAUACACGGUCAAGUCAGCCUCACACUCACCUAGAAGAAGUUCCACUUCUCCACCAAUUCAUGAUUUCUUCACUGACUUUGUUGCUGAAAACCCACACUAAACCCACACACUAUCACAUGCUGAAGGUUGAAAUAAGCUGAAUGGUCCAAAACUGGAAAUCUGGGAGUGUAUUCUUUAUGCAAAAAAAGAAAACAAAACUAAACACUGUACAAAGACUAGUAGUGUACACUAAGACUGACCACUCUGAAACAUUUAACACUGAGUUUGAUGGUUAUACUUUAAAGCAUUGUGAAUACACCCCAGUGGAUGUUUCUCUUCCUGUUACAACACUAUAGACACCAUGCGAAGGUGCUUAUUUUAUGUAGUCAGAACUUGAGAGUGUUAGAAUUAUUAGAAACUUUCCUCUUGAGCUAACCAAUGUACUUGUCUUUUUAAAAAAAUGUUUUUUUACUAAAACACUUGUAACAGAUCAUGAGGUAAGUUUUUAAUCCGUAUAUGGAUAUAACUGGAAGCAAUGGACAAGUUUAGUUUGGCCACAGACUCGGACCACUGACCGAAUGACUGGCAUAUGCUGUGAUGGAUGAGCAUAAUAUGUAAAGAGUCUUACCACAGAUGCUCACUGCUGUGUGGGAAGGGGAAGGAGUCGUAUAUAGUUUGAGCUUUGUAACCUCUCACCUAGAGAGAAAUAAAAUCAUGAAUGAAGUAUUGCG